AUGACAGUUUCCGGUUUAGUAUUAUUGUAUUACUCACUGUGCACCCAUCAAACGCUUUUACAAGUUUGUGGUUAUGGCACCUCAUCACGUCCCAAUGGCCGCUUUUGGUUUCAAUGUUUUAAAAGUGGCAAUGAUAUGGAACGGCCUGGAGGACCAAGCAGGUACGAAGACAAUAAAUGGCGAAACUUGAUAGGCGAAAGAGCAGCUCGAACUCUCAAGAAACUUUCGAACAACUCAGCAGUCGAAGAAACGCCUGUUUCUAGACGUUUAAAUGCGAUGGGAAUUAUCCAAAAAGGAGGGAAAAUGGCUACCGUACGAGUUGACGAAGUGAAUGUCAUUUCGAACCGGGUCAGCAUCGCGGCGAUCCACAUCGAUACCGAAGAGAAGUAUUCUUGGCCAUAA